AGGCAGGGCCCCAGUUCGACAAGGCCUACGAGAUCGGCACGAAGGUGUCGAUCUUGAAUUCCGUCGACCUCGCAAUGCAUGGCGAGGCGGCCGUCGUGCUCGGCCAGGACGGCGUUGACCCGGACCGCUUCCAGGUGCGGGUCGAGAAGAGCGGUAAGGUGAUGGCGGUGAAGCGGACGAAUUUGACCCCAUUAGGUGGUAAAAUAGAGUUGGACGAGGUGGAAGUCUUGAGGAAGCCGCUCAAGGAAAGAUUCUUCUCGGAGCUCCGCAAGCUGUUAUGGAACCAGACAGAGGAGUCCAUCGCGAUCGCCACGCUGGCCUCGGAGACGGUGGCGCAGCAAGAACUGAACAAGCCGUUCAGCAUUUGGUCUAGGAUGUGGCAGGCGUGGGUAGCCCUCCGGGCGACGUAUCCCAACCCGCCCCAGAUGUACGACUGCCUGCAGGAGGCUCCAGGCCAAUUCGCGCACCUCGAGGAUGAGGAAGGCUGGGGCGUCGUGGCGCUCACGGACCUCAGUAGACAAAUGCUCAUCAGAGAAAAAGUCCCUGAGCCUCCGACGAAGAAGCGCAAAGUUGUCGCGGAGAACCCCAGGGGUAAGCUCGAUGACAUGGCCCGAGCGCUCUACAACGCGAUGACCAUGGUUGGCCCCAAGGGCACGUUUGCGCACGUCUCAACGAUCGGUUCGGAUGUCACCGUCAGAAACCUACGCAACGACAAGUGGUUCGGGGUUGGGAAGAAGAAGCGGAAGAUAGAGGACAUGCUCAGAGAGUACCCCGAGGUCUUUUACCUCGAGAUGCGCGACGGUGCUAUCAUGGUGAGCCUGACCGAAGACGCAGAG